GAGUUUAAUUAUUUUCUGCUGGGGCGGAAAACCCAUCAUAAACCAGCCUAAAUUGGUUUGCUGGUAUUUCAGUUUCGUUUUGUUGGUGUAACCAAAUAUAUUUGAUUCAUAAUAUUUGAUAUAAGUUGAUUCAGUUAUGUUAAGUAAUGUUUUUUGUUUAUUUAUUGUUUAGUGUUACCAUAUAACAUACUUUUGAUUCAGCAGCAUUUUUUCAUGUAUGUAGCUUAUUGUUGAUCAAUGCUGAAACAUGUUCAGAAAAAAAUAAUACACCUUUCCUUUGUAAAUGCAUAACUCAUAUUCUCAUUAAUACGUCCAUCUACUCUUUGAAUCACAUUUGGGUCAUAAUUACACCAGAUAAGGUUAGAAAAUUGUUUGUGUCUGAUCCCUGAAGUGACCUACUUCUGUAAUAUUAAACUCUAAUUCUCUCUUUCUCUAAUAUAACCCAUCACUUUUCCUGUGUAUCAGUGUCGAGAAUCUUUUUGGAUACCCCAGGUACACUUCUAAAGCAGGCCCUAUGUUUGAUGUGUGGACUGUUGCUCAUUGAAGCUGCCGUUUUAUUCUGAUUUGGGAUCUGCCGUUAAUUUAUUCAGUGAUAUUAAGAAAUGAGGAGAGCAGUGGCAGUGGGCAGCAUCUCAUUUCAGUGACUAUGGGAUCCUCUGGUACUAUCACCAUUAAAUGUAAGGACCUGCUUGUUCUUCAGUUGGAAAUUCCUGGAAUGGAGGAAUGUCUGAACAUAGCCAGUUCUAUAGAGGCUCUCUCGGCUCUGGAAAGUGUAACAGAGAUGUAUCCCUUUUUCUAUAGACCGUCACACCUUACUCUGCAUGGCCCGUGGGGCCUGUCCUCAACAGAGCAAUAUUACAAACAAACAGAAAGACUGUGGGACAGGUGGAGAGUCAGUACAGUAAACUCAGAUUUCUCUGUAUGCCCAUCGUAUCCACGUGCGGUCAUUGUGCCUCGCGAGGUGGAUGAUGAGAAGCUGGUCCAGUCAGCCCGGUUCAGACAGGGCGGAAGAUUUCCUGUGCUCUCCUACUGUCACCUUAGGAACGGAAUGGUGAUCAUGCGAAGCAGCCAGCCCUUGACAGGAGCCAAUAGGAAGAGAUGUAAGGAGGAUGAGCUCCUUCUCCAGGCUGUGAUUGAUGGGUCAGAGUUGGGUUACAUCAUUGAUCUGCGUUCUGCCCAGCAAGCCCAGCAGGCCCGGAUGACAGGAGGGGGUUUUGAGUCUAAAUCCUGUUAUAGCUACUGGAAAAGAAUCAAUAGACACCAUGAAAGGGGUAAGAUACUGCAGGAGAGUCUUAUUAAACUGGUGGAAGCGUGUAGUGACCCGUCUCAUAGUGUGGACCGAUGGCUCAGUAAAUUGGAGAACUCCAAAUGGCUUUCUCAUGUUCACAGUGCGCUGUCCACUGCAGGACUGGUGGUAGAGUGUGUGGAGAGGGAUGGUCACUCUGUGCUUGUGCAUGGCUCUGAAGGGACAGACAGUACACUGCUGGUGAGCUCAUUGGCUCAACUUAUCCUAGACCCCGCCUCUAGAACUCUCACUGGCUUCCUCUGCCUACUGGAGAGGGACUGGAUACAGGCUGGACACCCAUUCCAGCAGCGCUGUGCUCAUUCAGCAUACUCUCAUGCCCGUCUGAAGCAGGAGUGCCCGUCCUUCCUGCUGCUGCUUGACUGUGUGUGGCAGGUGUGGCGGCAAUUUCCUCUGGCAUUGGAGUUUAGUGAGGCCCUGCUGCUCCGAUUGGCACAAGAGGUUUACGCUUCUAACUAUGGAACCUUUCUAUGUAACAACGAGCAGGAGAGAUGUGCUGCAGGAGUGAAGGAGAACACACACUGUUUGUUUCAGUCCCUACUGAGUCCUGAUAUUGAAGAGCAGUACCUCAACCCACUGUAUGAACCCACUGAUUUGGCCAUUUGGCCAUCAGUGCAUCCUCAGUCCUUACAACUAUGGACAGGGCUGUUCCUCAGGUGGACUGAGUAUGCUCAGAACAUGGAGGAAGCUCGAGAGGAGGUUUGGAGCAUUGUGAAAGAGCACCGUGAGAGAUCUGGACCUGACCGGACCAAUAAAAUGCCUAGUACACACUGUGACACCUUGACCCCAUUUGAGAACCUCAUGGAUGAGCUGACUAUUUUGUGACCUCAUGGUAGAAAGGACAUUGUUGAGACUGUUACUAUUGUACAUUUCUUGGCAAGAAUGAAAUUGAACUAAUGAAAUUAGUAUCACUGUCAAUCAGAUAUAUCAGAUAUUAUGUAAUUUAUGAAAACAAUCUGAUGUUCUAUCAUUGAAUAGUAAUCAGACAUACUUACAUGUGAAGUUCAGACAUAUUGAAGGCCAUCUGCCUCACUUUCAAGCAAAAUGCUAAUAUAAAUGUUCCCAAAUUUUGGAAAAAAUGUGUUUAUUAUAGUGUGUUUGAAUAGUUUGUUGUUGGAAUUUACUGUGAUUAUAUGAGACAGCAUCAAUGAUGAUGUUUUAUUGUAAACACUGUUACAGACAGCUGAAUGUUGAAUCAGGUGAAUGUUUGAAGACCUAUUAGAAGGUCAUUUUAUACAUGUUUGAGAAGUUACAAAUAGCAUUUGCCAGUGGAACAUGGUUUAUAAUGAAUUAUUGCACAGUUCUCUGGAAUACUUGAUUCUGAUUAGUUAAUUGCCGCAUUCAGUGUUCAGAUAUUUUCAAAUAAUGACUGUCGUCUAGGGAAAUAUUUUAAUAAAUAUUAUUAAAAUGUU